AUGGCCGAAGCCAAAGCCUUCGCAGGUGGCGCGGGCGACCCGGCACUGGCCCCAACAGAGGCUGGGGCCUUCAAGCGUGGGGCUUCGAACUUCCAGAACUGGAUCGCCCCGGCCUCGGCCUUCCCGCCCGAGCCGGACCGAUACCACCUCUACAUUAACUACACCUGCGGCUGGUGCCACCGUGUGCUGGUGGUCCACGCUCUCAAGCGCAUCCCAGCGAGCGUCGUCUCUGUCUCGGCCACGGCGAACUACUUCUGGGGUGGCGGCCUGGGCUCUGACGACUACUCGGGCUGGGCCUUCGAUGCUGAAAAUCCGGAUCCUGUCCUCAAUGCCAAGCACACACGCGACAUCUAUCUAACGGACUCGCCUGACUAUGGCCGCAGGCAGCUCAGCGUACCCAUCCUCUUCGAUAAGAAGACUCGCAAGAUCGUCAGCAACGACAACAUCCAGAUUGGCUACAUCCUGAACUCGUGCUUGGACGAUCUGCUCGAUGAGGAGGGGAAGAGUCUUGACCUCUACCCGAAGGAGCUCCGGGCCCAGAUUGACGAAUUGAACACGUUGAUCUACCCCAACAUCAACGACGGGGUCUACCGCGUGGCCUUUGCGAAGGAGCCAGAGUUGAAGGAGCAGAUGCGGGAGAAUGUUUUCAAAGCCCUGGCAGAGGUGGAAGCAAUUCUCUGCAAGUCCAAGGCGAAGGCGGUUGCCGAGGGCCGUGAGAAGUUCCAGCUGGUGGCGGAGUCUGGGGACGGCCUUUCGCUGGCAGAUGUCCGCGCUUUCCCGCACCUCAUACGCUUCGACACCUGCUACUUCACGGCCUUCAAGUGCAACAUACGCCGCCUCAACUCGGGGGAAUACCCCCACAUCAUGGAGUGGCUGCGCCGCAUGUACAUGAUGCCCGAGGUCAAGCAGACUUGCAAGAUUUACCUUGCCUGCAUGGGCUACAACCGCGACCAUGGAGAUGGCGCUGGAGAGCGGGCCUGGAAAGAGGAGAGGUACGACUGGCUGGAAGCCUAG